AUGUGUGUACAGGUGUCCACUCAGGCGUCCCGUCUCUGUUCACAGGCUGCGUACAUCGUAGCUGAAGGUUUGGCCGGUGCCAUGUUCUGGACUGUGGACUUUGACGACUUUGCAGACCAAGUGUGUGGGGAAGGUCCCUACCCUCUGAUCCAAGCUAUGAAGGCGGGCCUGUGGAGUCCUGGAAGUCAGCCGCUGACCUUGAGCCCUGCUAACGUGAGCUUGCCAUCUCCUCAAUCACCCACAUGGUCGCCAUCUUCUACGUCCAGUAGCACGGACAUCAUGAGUGGCGGGCACAGCUCAACGGCCACCCCGGGUGUCCAUCAUAAUGAAAGCCAUCACGUGAUCGCCUGCUACUUUACCAACUGGGCCCAAUACAGACCUGGUUUAGGCCUCUACUCAGUGGCUAACAUUGACCCCUACCUUUGUACGGACAUUGUGUACGCUUUUGCCUACAUCGACACAGCCAGUCUGACCCUGACAACCGUAGAGUGGAAUGAUGCAGAUCUGUACGCACAAGUAAUGGCUCUGAAGUCUGUGAACCCCGAGCUGAAAGUGCACCUGGCAGUGGGAGGUUAUUCCAUGGGAACCUGGCCAUUUGAAAGCAUCACAGCCUCAAUGAGCAACAUGGAGACGUUUGCUGGGAACGCCGCCUCUUUUCUACGUACUCAUGGCUUUGACGGCCUGGAUUUGGAUUGGGAGUUUCCAGGCGCUUCCUUCAGAAGCCAGUUUUCCCAGCUGUGUGAAGCUCUGUUCCAGCACUUUAGUGUAGAAGCUCAGGCAUCUGGCAAGCCCCGCCUGCUCUUGACCGCUGCUGUGUCCGGUUACAAGACAGAGAUAGAGGCAUCAUAUGAGCCACAGAUCAUUCAACACUGGACUGGAGCUCUUGUGCCACUGUUUGCCCUCAGGUACUUGGACCACGUGUAUGUGAUGGCCUACGACUACUAUGGCUCUUGGUCGCUCACACUGGGACAUCAGAGUCCUCUGUACGUGAGAGACGAAGACCGACACGACCCCACGGAAUCUCUGCUUUCUCAGAAUGCUUCCAUGACCUGGUGGCACGAGCUGGGUGUACCCAAGAAUAAACUGGUGAUGGGAGCUGCCACCUACGGGCGGACCUUCCGGAUGUCGGCUGCUGACCAGUGGCAUGUUGGAGACCAGUCUCUUGGAGGUGGCGAUGUGGGACCAUACAGUGCUACACCGGGAUUCCUGGCGUACUAUGAGAUUUGUGACAUGAUCAUGAGCGGCACCUUGAACAGAGUGUGGAUGGACGAUUCCAGAGUACCUUUUGCCUACGGUCAACGCAACUCGCACUGGGAAUGGCUUGCCUACGACGAUGUACAGAGCAUGACUGAGAAGGCUGCGUACAUCGUAGCUGAAGGUUUGGCCGGUGCCAUGUUCUGGACUGUGGACUUUGACGACUUUGCAGACCAAGUGUGUGGGGAAGGUCCCUACCCUCUGAUCCAAGCUAUGAAGGCGGGCCUGUGGAGUCCUGGAAGUCAGCCGCUGACCUUGAGCCCAGCUAACGCGAGCUUGCCAUCUCCUCAAUCACCCACAUGGUCGCCAUCUUCUACGUCCAGUAGCACGGACAUCAUGAGUGGCGGGCACAGCUCAACGGCCACCCCGGGUGUCCAUCAUAAUGAAAGCCAUCACGUGAUCGCCUGCUACUUUACCAACUGGGCCCAAUACAGACCUGGUUUAGGCCUCUACUCAGUGGCUAACAUUGACCCCUACCUUUGUACGGACAUUGUGUACGCUUUUGCCUACAUCGACACAGCCAGUCUGACCCUGACAACCGUAGAGUGGAAUGAUGCAGAUCUGUACGCACAAGUAAUGGCUCUGAAGUCUGUGAACCCCGAGCUGAAAGUGCACCUGGCAGUGGGAGGUUAUUCCAUGGGAACCUGGCCAUUUGAAAGCAUCACAGCCUCAAUGAGCAACAUGGAGACGUUUGCUGGGAACGCCGCCUCUUUUCUACGUACUCAUGGCUUUGACGGCCUGGAUUUGGAUUGGGAGUUUCCAGGCGCUUCCUUCAGAAGCCAGUUUUCCCAGCUGUGUGAAGCUCUGUUCCAACACUUUAGUGUAGAAGCUCAGGCAUCUGGCAAGCCCCGCCUGCUCUUGACCGCUGCUGUGUCCGGUUACAAGACAGAGAUAGAGGCAUCAUAUGAGCCACAGAUCAUUCAACACUGGACUGGAGCUCUUGUGCCACUGUUUGCCCUCAGGUACUUGGACCACGUGUAUGUGAUGGCCUACGACUACUAUGGCUCUUGGUCGCUCACACUGGGACAUCAGAGUCCUCUGUACGUGAGAGACGAAGACCGACACGACCCCACGGAAUCUCUGCUUUCUCAGAUCUGUACGCACAAGUAA